CGCACCUGUGCCAGUACGCAUGCGCGGAUCAACCCGGAAGACAAAUGCUUCCGUUAUGGUUUGGGGAAAAAGAGAAAAACAAGUCUGACUGAGAGCAGAUCCAGGAUCAGCCAUGCUGUGCUCCCGCUCCUCGGCCUACACGCUGGCCCUCGGCCUGGGCUUCGUCACUUUGGGGACGAGCCGCAUCCUGCUGCUCAAAUACUCUGCCAACGCUGAGAACAAGUAUGACUUUCCUCCUGCGUCGGUCAAUCUGCUCGCACGAGCCUGCUCAAAACUGCUCUUCUGUCUGGCCAUGUCUGCCAGGGUCAUAGUGAGAGAGGGAAGAUCGUGCAGAGACCUCGGCUUCUCCUCCAGCGCCUCCUUCCUCAAAUCCCUGAAGUGGGCGGUCCCUGCGUUCCUCUACUUCCUCGACAACCUCAUCAUCUUCUACGUGCUCUCCUACCUGCAGCCAGCCAUGGCGGUGUUGUUCUCUAACUUCGUCAUCCUCACUACGGCUGUUCUCUUCAGGAUUGUUCUGAAGAGGCGGUUGUCCUGGGUUCAGUGGGCGUCGUUGUUCAUCCUCUUCCUGUCCAUCGUUUCCUUGACGACGGGAACAGGAAGCAGCCAAAGUGCCAUCGCUGUUCACAACCUGCACCUGAACCCCCUGUCCCCCCCCUCCAACUCCUGCCUGCUCUACACGCAGCUGCUGGAGCAGAUGAGGAACAGCAGUGCCAGUGAGUCGUGGGUGUCGUCGCUCCCCGGGCAGGCCUGGAGGACCCGGGUUGUGGAGAAGCUCCGCUCUCUGGGCGUGGGUCACAUCCUGCUCCUCCUGCAGUGCUUCAUCUCCGCCAUGGCCAACAUCUACAACGAGAAGAUCCUCAAGGAAGGAGACCAGCUGGCCGAGAGCAUCUUCAUCCAGAACACCAAACUGUAUGGUUUCGGCGUGGUGUUUAACGGUCUGACUCUGGUUCUGGGUCGAGAGGCUCGAGGUCUCACGGUUCACUGCGGUCUGAUGCACGGACACAACGUCUUCUCUCUGGGGCUGGUGCUGGUCACUGCUGCUCUGGGUUUAUUGGUGGGCUUCAUCCUGAAGUUCAGAGACAACAUGUUCCACGUUCUGACGGGUCAGAUCAACACGGUGCUCGUCACCGGCCUCUCCUUCUUCCUCUUCAACUUCCACCCCUCGCUGGACUUCUUCUUGCAGGCGCCCGUGGUGCUGCUGGCCAUCUUCAUCUACAACGCCAGCAAGCUCAAAGACCUGGAGUUCAGCCUGCAGCAGGAGAAGCUGAGGGUCAUCAACGGGGAGGUGUUCGAGAGGUCCAGAGGGGACGGAGAGGAACUGGAGCUCCUGGCGAAGACCAACACAGACAGUGAAUCUGAAGAAGAGUCUUUGUAGUUCAGAUGUAUUCCUCUGAGCAUGCGGCUAUUACCAAGCUGCAGUAUAGACUCAUGGACACAGAACAGUGGCGUAACUAUCGACGGUCUUUUAAAAAAAAAAAUAGAACAAGGAGAUGCAACGGCUAAACUGACGAAAUUAGACCGUUUUUUUUGUCAUACAUCGUCCUCGAAAUCUCGAUUAAUUCUGUAAAGUGAUUGUGUGAUUAGUUCGCUGUGCCGUUGUCAGGCUGUGGUGGUCUGAGGCCAAUCACCGGGGCCAAUCACAACCUUGUUACGCCACUGACGCAGAAUGUGUCCGUCCGAGCAUUUAUUUCAAUUAAGUCAGCGGCGGAUAAACGUGAAUGACAGUGUUAAAGUGGGAUGAUUUCUCUCAGACACUUGUGAUAUCUAAGGCUAUUGUGUAUAUAUUGAAAUGUGCCUAUCAUUGCCUAGUGUUGUCAUUAACGUGGAAGAAACUCUAGUAGGCUUACUGUAUACAUCACGGGGGAAUAAUUGCCAUUUUAUGCCAUUUUUGGUGAGGGUUUCUGUCAUUUCUUUCUCGUAUGAUUCCUGUUGUAUUAGCUUUUUGAUUGCUUGCAGGUGAUUCAUUGGUUUGACGACCAGACAGCUUUUUGUGUUUUUUUGGGGGCUUUUGUGCCCUUUUUCGGACAUGGACAGUGUACAUGGCUCCAAUGCAGAUUGUUUUUUGAUUGUUUAAGGCUUUGUACUGUUUUAAUUGCUGUUUGCACUGUUUACAAAUAAGUGUUUGUUCAAUACAAGGUCAAUAUUUAAACAAUAGUCCAAAUUAAAGCACCACUUUUCAGUGCAUAGCCACAUACUCAAAAUACAUUACCAAAAAUAUACAUUACAAAGUACGUCAAUGAUAGUAUUUUCUACAUUAUGAACCAGCAGGAGCAUUUACAGAACGUCUAAAAGCACAACAAAGUGAUUCUUGGUUCUCUUACUUUGCCUUAAAAGUUGUGUUUUUUUGGGUCACAUGGUAGUGAUGUGGUUAAACUGUGAAAUACAUGAAUAUAUAUUUUAAGAUUCUUCUUGUGCCAUAAAAUGUUGACAUGUAUAAAUGCUUGUUGUUCUGAAAUAAACUGCAAGGAAAAUUGACGGAGAAAAA